CCCUCCUCCUCGCCACCGCAUCCCCACCAAAGCAUUCCGCAAAAUUCAACAAGCAAUCCAACCCGUGGAGAUCAAUCACAAUCACCGAGCGAGAAUGGAGGGCAGGAUGUUCGGACUGGAGACCCCGCUGAUGACGGCGCUGCAGCACCUGCUGGACGUACCGGACGGCGAGGCCGGCGGACCCGGCAAUGCCGCCGGCGAGAAGCAGGGCCCGACGCGCGCCUACGUCCGCGACGCGCGCGCCAUGGCGGCCACCCCGGCCGACGUGAAGGAGCUGCCGGGCGCGUACGCGUUCGUGGUGGACAUGCCGGGGCUGGGGUCCGGCGACAUCAAGGUGCAGGUGGAGGACGAGCGCGUGUUGGUGAUCAGCGGCGAGCGGCGGAGGGAGGAGAAGGAGGACGCCAAGUACCUGCGGAUGGAGCGCCGCAUGGGCAAGAUGAUGCGCAAGUUCGUGCUCCCCGAGAACGCCGACAUGGAGAAGAUCUCCGCCGUGUGCCGCGACGGCGUGCUCACCGUCUCCUUGGAGAAGCUGCCGCCGCCCGAAACCAAGAAGCCCAAGACCAUCCAGGUCCAGGUCGCCUGAGAUGUAUCGUGUGCGCGUCGAAUCGAAGCAGAGAGUAGCGAGUUUCCUGUGAUGAGCGAUGGUCUGUCUGUCUUUUGGUUUCGUUAAUGGAAAUGGGGAUGUUCUCGGCUUCGCCUGAAUAAAACAAGCUAAUCUCUUGGUCACA